CUGAAAGUUUCUAUAAUUCUAAAAGCUCAGGUGUUCAAAAACUGUUCCUUUUACUCUCAGUCAGAAUUGUUAGACUUGCUUUUGCUACUUAUAGUGGGUUAGUUCCACGGGAGAGCUGGGACAUGUGGCAUCCAACUCUGGUGGCUGAGGCCCUGUUUGCAAUCGCAAACAUCUUUAGCUCGCUACGCUUGAUCUCAUUAUUCACUGCAAAUUCUCACCUGGGACCUCUGCAGAUAUCUCUAGGAAGAAUGUUGCUGGACAUUUUGAAGUUUCUCUUCAUAUACUGCCUUGUGCUGCUAGCUUUUGCAAAUGGAUUGAACCAGCUGUACUUCUACUAUGAGACAAAUGAACCCGGCAACUGCAAAGGAAUACGAUGUGAAAAGCAGAAUAAUGCAUUUUCAACAUUAUUUGAAACACUGCAGUCAUUAUUCUGGUCUAUAUUUGGACUCAUCAAUCUCUAUGUGACCAAUGUGAAAGCAAGGCAUGAAUUUACUGAAUUUGUUGGGGCCACCAUGUUUGGUACCUACAAUGUAAUCUCUCUGGUUGUUCUACUCAACAUGUUAAUAGCCAUGAUGAAUAAUUCUUACCAACUUAUUGCUGAUCAUGCAGACAUUGAAUGGAAGUUUGCUCGAACAAAACUCUGGAUGAGUUACUUUGAGGAAGGAGGAACUCUACCAACUCCUUUCAAUGUCAUACCAAGCCCAAAGUCUCUCUGGUAUCUGAUCAGAUGGUUAUGGAGACACCUUUGCAAGAAAAAAAUUAGAAGAAAACCUGAAAGUUUUGGAACAAUAGGGAGGCGUGCAGCUGACAAUCUGAGAAGACAUCAUCAAUACCAGGAAGUUAUGAGAAAUCUCGUUAAGAGAUAUGUUGCAGCAAUGAUAAGAGAUGCCAAAACUGAGGAAGGACUGACAGAAGAAAAUUUUAAGGAGUUAAAACAAGAUAUUUCCAGCUUUCGUUUUGAAGUCCUGGGUUUGUUAAAAGGAAGCAAACUGUCUAAUUUGCAGACUCCAAAGAUGAACAAAGAUGCUGCCUCUCUGUCUGAAAAUGAAGAAAGUGAGGGUGAAGAAAACAAGACAGGAAAGAAAAAGGCCUUCAGCCUUUUUGACAUAACAACAAUGAUUCACCCAAGAUCAGCCACUAUUGCCUCUGAAGCACAUAAUGUAAGCAAUGGCUCAGCAAUGAUGGUGUCAGAGUCCACUAAGGAGAAACAAAAGCGUGUGAAUUUUGUAACAGACAUAAAAAGUUUUGGGUUAUUUCACAGACGAUCAAAAACAAACUCUGUGGAACAGAGCACAAAUAAAAUAUAUACCGUUUCUGAAGAAGUUUCCCGUCAACAGGCAGAAGAACAAUGUGAGAAAACUGCUGAACUGGAAGAGGGAGAACUGACCAUGAACUGUGAAUUAAACAUCCAACGUCCUGAUGAAAAAUGCAUGUUAGCUGAAUCACAAAAUAAUGGUGACUCUUCAGAUUCACAGGAAGAGGGAAGUAGUUGUGCUUCAGAAAUGGAGAAAAUGGAGUUACAGAACUCAGAACCAGAUGCACUGCAGGAUCAGAUGGAUAAGGAGUUGGACAUUAGCAUUGACUGUGAUGGGGAACAGGAAACAAUUGAUCAGGGCGAUUAUGUGAUAACAAGGUUGUGAUGCUUACAGGAGGAAGGAUUUACAAAUAUAUAUAUUUUGCAUAGUGCUUUUGGGGGGGGAUGUUUUACGAAUUAUAUUAGCAAAUGCAAAUUUACACUUUAUAGUACUCAACUGUGGCACAUGAUCUUGUAAAAUAGUAGUCAAGAGAAAGAUAAUACGGGGACCUUCUGUUUUGU